AUGCAAGCCACGGCAACGGCAACCACAUUUCGCUUACGUAGUUCCACAUAUAAUGGCACCGAUCGAAAGAGUAAUUCCAGGUUGAGACAAUACAAAUGUAUUUCGACCUGUAGUACUCGUAGUUAUCAAUACUACAGCGAAGGACAGCAAAUAUCCAGCUCUACAACGUCCAUCUCAUCGACUGCUUCAACCUCAUCAUAUUAUGGCGACUCCUCUUUGGGCUCUACCAGCAGCAGCAGCAGCAGCGAAAGCGAAAAUUACUUCAUUCAGCAACGAAGGGAGCUAAUACAACGCCCACGAAGUUAUUCACUUUCAGUUAGCAGCGAAAGUGAUUGUUGUUUUUUCCAUGCGUACUAUAGCGACCGUUAUGGUGGUAGUAGCAUUAAGAAGCGUAACAGUCAGCGAUCGCCUCAUGUACGGCAACAGCAAUGGAGAUGGCUGCAGUACGUUCAACAGCGACAGCUUAGCAGCAACAUUGACAGUGAUAGCAGUGAAAGCGUUUACUUUGCAGCCCACCAGCAGCAAAAGCAAAUUUUUGAGACAUCAACUGCCAUUUCAAAUGAUCCACUAGAUAUGGCGUAUUGCAAUGACAACGAAAAUAUAAGGGAAAAUAGCACACCCAGUGCCUCCACGGAUUUGGCUAAAAACAAAAGAUCACGCAUUAGAGCACCCUCGCCAAAAGCGCUGCCUAAACCGCCACAACAUUGGCUGAUGAGCUUAGCGGAGUGUGAGCAGCAAGGCAGUGCAACCGUAGCGGCCAAUCUAUUCCCUUCAGUAUACUUUAGCGAUUUCUACGGAGGUUAUGGCGUUGAGCAUACUCAGCUGAACCAACUGAACAAUAUUGAUACUUACAUUUUAAAGCUUUUGCUAAAGGUGCAAUCAUAA